UUCCAAUUGCAAGGCAGACAGCACAUGACAUAAGAUGCUCCAGAUCUGCCUCCUGGGCGCUAGUUUAAAAAUAAAGGAUAUUACACAUCCUCCUCAGCGUUGGUGCGGAGCAGCUGCGGGAGGAGAGGACGCACAAAGGCGAUGCGUUGGACAAUGCUGUGUGAGUCAGAUGCGCGUACGGCACUUGCAGAACCAGUCCCUGCGGCUUAUUUUAAUUCGGAUCCUCAAGGGAACUGUGAGGUGUCACUGGAUGAUGUACUGCUCAACUCUUCAGCCAGAACCGUUGAGGUCCACAGUGCUGAGACAGUUGAAGAUACUAAGAUGGAGGGACAUCAGAUAGACACGCUUGGGUUCAAAGCCUCUUCACCUCCUACCUCCAGUGUGUGGACAACACGACGAGAUGGAGAAGUCAGGCUGAGGAUGGAUGAACAGGGCAUAGGCAGCCAGGCACCAAAGACUGUUCAUGAACUAUUCCAGGAAGCUGCUAGUAAAUACGGUGAUUAUUAUGCCCUUGCAUCCAAAAAGGGUGGCCAGUGGAUAAAACUAACAUAUAAGAUGUACUAUGAUGAGUGCUGGAAAGCAGCAAAAAGUUUUCUGAAGCUGGGACUAGAGCGUUUCCAUGGAGUGUGCAUUUUGGGAUUUAAUUCUGCAGAGUGGUUUAUUGCUGAUAUUGGAGCUAUCCUUGCAGGUGGAUUUGCUGUUGGUAUCUACACUACAAACUCUCCUGAGGCCUGUCAUUAUGUAGCAGAGAACUGCAGUGCUAACAUUGUGGUUGUGGAAAACCAUAAACAACUGCAGAAAAUCUUAGAAAUUCAGCAUGAACUACCUCAUCUGAAAGCUAUUAUCCAGUAUGGGGAAGAGCUAAAAGAGAAGAGACCAAAUCUGUACUCUUGGAGUGAGUUCAUGGACCUUGGCAAAGAUGUUCCAGAUACUCAGCUCCGUGAAAUCAUUGCGUCACAGAAGCCUAAUCAGUGCUGUACGCUAAUAUAUACCUCAGGGACCACCGGACAGCCAAAGGGAGUAAUGCUCAGCCAUGACAAUUUGACGUGGACGGCAUCGGCAGCAGGGCGCUUCAUAAUGCUGACAGAUGCUAAAGAAAAGCAAGAGCUGGUGGUUAGCUAUCUGCCCCUCAGUCAUAUUGCUGCACAGAUGUCAGAUAUUUGGUCGGCAAUGACAUUCGGUGUACAAGUCUUUUUUGCUCAGCCUGAUGCAUUAAAGGGCACCUUGGUGGACACCCUGCGGGAGGUGAGGCCAACCGCUUUUUUGGGAGUUCCUCGUGUCUGGGAAAAAAUGGAAGAAAAAAUGAAAUCCAUAGGUGCAAAAUCAUCAGCACUCAGGAGAAAAGUGGCAUCGUGGGCCAAGGGAGUCGGGCUGCAGACAAACCUGAAGCGGAUGAAUGGGUAUUCAGAAGUCCCGGUGAACUUCCGCCUUGCCAGGCACUUGGUGUACAAGAAAGUGCGAAAGGCCAUUGGGCUGGACCAGUGCACAAAGUGCUACACGGGGGCUGCUCCCAUUACCAGAGAGACACUGGAAUUUUUUUUAAGCCUGAACAUUCCCGUGUUUGAGCUAUAUGGCAUGAGCGAGAGCUCUGGACCUCACACAAUGUCUCUACCUCACGCAUUCAAGCUUACCAGCUGUGGAAAGGAAAUCACAGGCUGCCGGACACUGAUCCAUAAGCCAGAUAGAGAUGGCAACGGGGAGAUCUGCUUCUCAGGAAGGCACAUCUUCAUGGGCUACUUGAACAUGGAAGAAAAAACCAAAGAGGCAAUCGAUGAAGAUGGCUGGCUGCAUUCGGGUGACCUUGGCAAGCACGAUAAAGAUGGAUUCCUCUACAUCACUGGCAGAAUCAAAGAGCUCAUCAUCACUGCAGGAGGUGAGAACGUUCCUCCCGUUCCAAUUGAGGAUGCUGUAAAAGAUGCUGUUCCCAUCAUCAGCAAUGCAAUGUUGGUUGGAGACAAAGCAAAAUUCCUUGCUAUGCUUCUAACGCUAAAGUGCAACGUGGAUGUGGAAACCGGCGAGCCAGGAGAUGAUCUGACUGCGGAAGCUAUUGAAUACUGCCGGAAACUGGGCAGCAAGGCUACCAAAGUCUCCGAAAUUAUCAGCAGCAAAGACAAGGCUAUCUAUGCGGCUAUCCAGAAGGGAAUUUCAGCAGUCAACGAGGGAGCUGUCUCAAAUGCCCAGAAAGUCCAGAAGUGGGUCCUUCUGGAGAAGGAUUUUUCUGUCCUUGGUGGAGAGCUUGGCCCAACAAUGAAGCUGAAGAGACCAGUGGUGGCGCAGAAGUACAAAGACCAAAUCGCUCAGUUCUACGCAGAUGCGGAUAAACCUGCCGCCGCAGGGAACACCCUCCGGCAGUAGCCUGGAGGCACAUUGCCCCACUGGGAAGGAUCCCCUGGGUGCCCUUGAAAUAAAGGAGGCUGGGUCAGUGCACAGCCCUCCCGCAUCGCUUACCUGUGCAUUUCUUGGCCCUCGUACUGCAGCGUGUUGGGUGUGUUCGUGCCCAGUGUUCCCCCAUCUCUGUUCUACCGCUGAGGUACUCCUGAGUGUCUCUGCUUUGUAUUUUUUGUCCUGCCACUUUUAGAAGGGCAGUGCAAUGUUUACCUUCAGUCCAUAUUACAUGUUCUGUUUUAACCAAAGUUUCCUUUUCCUGAGCCAAAUGUAAAACAAUCGGGAACUGCCCUUUUCCUGCUGGGGGAGAAAUGCAGGUUUCUUUUUAUAGUGGUGUAUGUCCCUCCCUCCUGCUGCAUGUUUAACUGCAUGCUGAUGACAUUGGAAUUAUUUUAAGUCUCUUUACUCACUAUCUUCUGUCAAAGAUGACGUCAAAGAUGAUGAAUGCCACAUGCCUGCACACGCUGGCUAAGUGCGUAUGGGGAACCUCGUGUAUAUCAGAUUUGUCUGUGCAAUAUUUUGAGUCCUUUUUAUAUUUGAGUUAUAUGAAGCCAUAAAUUGUAUUGUUAAAAUAGUACAUGCGGCCCGUGUUCUGAGAAGCCUCUUAUAAAUAGUCCCUUGUGUGAGGCGCUGUAAAAACAUGUGUGAAAUCUGUCUGUAGUCUUAUAAUCAGAGAGGUGCUGGCGGGAGCAUCCUGGAACGGGGCGGGUGGCUGAGGCUUUGUGCCAUGGGGAAGCAACGGCAUUGGGGGCGCAGCCGCCCAGGGCCGGUGCUGUUGAAGGCCUGCCAGCAGCCACGCCAGGGACCGUGAAGGCCCUUCGCAUUGAAUUCAUCAAACGCAGGACACUGGCUCGCCGCAGUGGUUGCGCGAGGCAUAUUACAUCCUGCCCAGUUCUGCGAGGCUGGUUAAGCCCAAGAGGCAGUGAAGGAUUGCUUGUCAGUGGCUUAUUUUGAACUAGAAAUCACUGGCCAGAACCAAGUGGAACAGCCUCGCUCCUGGAUUCCAAGGAGUAUUUCUCACAGCCGCAGGAGGAGCAGGAGGCGAUGCCAGGUGAUGCACGCUGCCAUGCUGUGGGGGGCAGCUAUGCUACUAAGUAACACAAACGGCUCAAGUAUGGAGCUGCACCUCCGGCUCUACUUGCACCCCAGCCCGGCUGCGGUGGGUGUUAGCGGGACCUGGGGGGGUUAUGGGGGGGUUAAACCUGAACUUUGUCUUUGAUUGGGCUCGGUGAAAUUCCACAUGCACAUAUGCUGAUGGCACCCGCCUGGAAGUAACAUGCGAUUGUAACUGCUGCUGCUCUUGUGCAAUUCUCAGCUGUCUGCAUUUGCAGUGUCUCCAGCACUCCAAGGAAUGCCUAAUAAACUGCUGCUCCUGCCUGAA